GUCAGGCCUGAAAGAACAGCACUGCUAACCACUUAGGAGAGAUAAGGAGAAAAAGAGUAAUUUACUGAACAGCAGGAAUCAGUUUUAACCUUUGAACAAGCAUAACUUCACAUGAUGGAAAGAAAGCUGUCAGCAAUAGCUCGACUGCUGCUUCUCUGCUGCACCUUUACUGACCAGACCCAUCAGCAUAAGGUGCAAAAACCCACAUUAACGUCUCAAGGCCAAGACUGUACAGCCAUCAAAGAUUCCAGUCCUAAUGCUCAAAGUGGAAUUUACAUUAUACAGCCGAAAGGAGUUCCAGUACCUUUCAAGGUGUACUGUGAGAUGCUGGCCGAUGGGGGCUGGACAGUGUUCCAGAGACGUACAAGGGGGAAAGUAUCCUUCCAGAGAAACUGGGCAGAGUACAAACAUGGCUUUGGAUACCUCGAAAAGGAUCACUGGUUGGGCCUGGCCAAAGUGUGGGCUCUUACCAGGAGCAAUGAUCAGAAGUCCAUCCUCAGAGUAGGCCUGUGGGACUUUGAGGGGGGAUCAGCUUUUGCAGAGUACAGAGAUUUCAGAAUUGGCGAUGAGGCGGCGGCCUACAAACUGAGUGUCGGAACUUAUAAAGGCACUGCAGGUGAUGCUAUACGCGGAGCAUACAGUGGUAUUGACCAGAAUGGCUUUGGAUUCAGCACAAAGGACCGAGACAAUGACGGCUGCUCCCCGUGCAUCUUUGGAGACAUCGCUGAGCGCGAAUGUAGCUCAUCAGAGGGUGGGGGCGGCUGGUGGUUCAGCCGUUGUGGCUCAGCCAACCUCCACGGAGACUGGCACCCAGCGGGGGACAACAUAGGCUGGGCGUCAGGGGUGCACUGGCGCACGUGGAAAGGCCCGGCCCCAUACUCCCUACAAGCCACUCGAAUGAUGGUGAAGUCUGUGUGAGGACACCUCAUCCAGUGUGACACUCAGAGGGUUUAAUCUGAGACACUCAGGCUUCUGGUCCAGUAAGAUUUCUGUGCUUGCUCCAGUAAUUUCAUUGAGUGAAAAUUGUGUUCUUAUUUCUCUUAGUUCUCUCACUUUAUACGGCGGCAGUCGCAUCACGCACAGCUUUGCAGUAUAUCUAGUUGAGGUGACUGAUGUGAUCAGGCUAUUGAUAUUUUAGAAGAGUGAGUAAACAUAAUCACACACACAUGUCUAUACCCUGUGGAGUGGCCCAACAUACUGUGCAUAAAAUGGGCCGCCACAGACCUGGCCGACCAUUCUGGAUCUUUUUUGUGGGAGUAUAUAUUGAGUGCAUAUUAUGUAGGAAUAAAGUGUAUAUUAAGUAUAAAUAAAGUUUCAUUAAAUGUCAAUCUCUGUGUGCUACUUCUGUUUGCGCCUCCUGUUCCUUGUGUCUCUGGGUCAUUAUGGAUGUAGUCUUUGGCAUGAUCACACAAAACACCUUUUACUUUUUUUUUGUUCUGAUUUAUGUAUGCCCAAUAUAUUUAUACAUUUCCUAAAUGCUAUGGACCCUUUUGGUGUCUGAAAUAAAGAUUUGAUUCAUUGA